UCGCACUCGAUCCCUGCGGCCUCGUUCCGUGCGGCACCCCCACCCCUGUCUCCCCCUGCGAUGACAGCGUCGCAGAAAGAUUGGAAGCAAAACUAAUGCAACACGCAGCGACCCACAACUCGCCAAGGACCUGGUUCCUCACCUCGUCGCUCUCGCCCCUCAUCAUCCGCCUGAUCCGCCUGCUGCUGGCCCACGGCGACUACGUGGUGGCCUGCCUGCCGCCGCACGAGAUCGAGCACGAGGACCGUAGCGCCGAGUUCCGCGAGCUCGUCAACGAGUGCAAGAGCAACCGCAAGGACAGGGAGGGUUGGAAGGACCGCAUCCGAGGGAUCCGUUGCGAUGGUCGCAUCAUGGGCCAGUGCGGCGCCGCCAUCGCCGAGGCCGUCCACGUCUUCGGCCGCAUAGACAUCUUGUUGUGCUGUAAAUUCGAAGCCGUGGUCGGAACCGUCGAGGAGCUCUCCACGACCCCUGCGACCCAGAACCUGGUGCGCGACCAGUUCGAGACCAUGUUCUUCUCGCAGGUCAACUUCAUCAAGGCGGCGCUGCCGCAGUUCCGGGCCCAGCACACGGGCCACAUCAUGGUCCUGACCAGCAUCGGCGGUCACAUCGGCACGCCGGGGCUGGGCAUGCACACGGCGGCGACGUGGGCGCUCGAGGGCUUCUGCGACUCGCUGGCCUACGAGAUCGCGCCCUUCAACAUCAAGGUCACCAUUGUGCAGCCCAACAAGGAGAUCCCGGCCCUGACCAACCGCAUCGUCUUCGUGCCCCAGCUGCCCUGCUACGACAGCGAGGCCAACCCGGCCCCGAGCGUCCGCGACAUGCUCGCAAACGUCCUCAACGCCAACCCGGACACCGCCCUCGACCCCUCCACCGCCUCCGCCGGUGGCGAGGGCGACGACGACGACCAGGUCCAGUCCCGCUACCCUAAGCUCCCGGCCUCGUCCGUCGACCGCCUCGUCACCGAGACCGUGCACGCCCUCACCGCCAUCGGCGGCCACGAGAACCCGCCCGCGAGGCACAUUGUCGGCUUCGAGGGCAGCAUCGCCGUCAAGGAGAAGCUGAAGACGGUCACCGAGGAGCUGGAGGAGUUCCUCGAGGCGAGCCUCUCGGUUGACAUCUUUGAGAGCGAGCUCAAGACCGAGGCGAGGCAGGGCAGGUCGGCCAUGGUUGAGGGGGGCGGGCCGGGCUCGGUGAUGGGGUAACUACCUGGGGAGUAACUAUAACUACCUUGUUCGGUGGUAAUUGCCUCAAAAAGUCGUCAAGCUACAUAUCCAGGUGGAGGCGACGAGGUUGUAUCAACAUCUCUAGCGCAUGCAAUAAUUGGACAUUUAAUUAGCAACAACUGCUGCUCUGUUGGACUAUGUAGAUAUACAUUAGGGCACUAACGGCCCUCUGGUCGUUUUUUUAUAUGUAUGUACAAGGCAUGCAGUUUUAUACUUCCGGUG